GGUUUGGAAAAAGUACGGUUCUAGAACGGUCCAGAAGAAUCGCACAGUUUAUUAUUGCAAUUUGUGAUAGUCGAGUCGUUGUUAUUUUGUUGAUCAAUAAACUGGACGAUUGUUUUGAACCGUUCCAGAACUGUCCUUUUUCCAAACCCGAAUAGUUCUAAUUUGUCACUUGAUUCAAGAGUGUUUAAUAGGAUCUGCAGUUUUAUUUAAUCUAAACCUAAUGCAAUUUUUAUUGUUCAAUAGCUAUUAUAUUCUAUUGUAACAAUUUUUUAUACCUCAUUCGCAUUUUAUUAAAUUUAUUACAAGACAAAUUAAAUCCGUAAUUUCAAACAAAGCGGGCUUCAAGGCCAAUCCAAAUCAAACCAUCCAGUUUAGUUUAAAUACCCCCCCUGAUUCCACGACAUUUGAUUGGUUGCGGCAAAACAAAGCAGAGGAAGGAGAAAGAAAAAAAGCUCUGUCAUGUCAUGUCAUGUCAGCUGUGGUAAAUAUUGGGGUGAUCUUAAACAAAAGUCUGUAAUCUAGUGUUUGUUGUGGUGUAGAAGAUUCCGAUUUUGAAAGAAAAAAUAUGGAUGAAGAUUAUAGAGAAAAAAGAGCUAAAAAAUUGGGAUUUAGGCCUCAGAAAGAAAACGUUUACAAUUCAUUUUUGCCCUACGCCGAACAUUUGGACGAUGAAUCUGAAAAAUUAUUCGUUUCUAUCAAAACUAACCUUGUUAAAUCGGUUUUGGCUCGUGAAAUGCGACCAGGAUGUGCCUUAUGGACUUCUAGGCUGAAUAAAUACAUCGAAAUUUAUGGAUUAAAAUUUUCAAAAGAGGACCAUAUCGCUCUGGUUAAAUUAUUUUAUGAAUUAAUUACCAUUCCCGACUUGGAACCGACCAGGAUAAAUAAGUGCGCCGUUACUUUGUCGCAAUUAUUGAAGAAAAAAUACCUAUUGACGAGAGAUGAACUGCAACUGGAAUGGAGGCCGCUCUACGACCUCUGCGUUAGAACCACCGAAAAGAGCAAAAGCGAUAUUGGAAUGUACCGAUACUUUUCUACAUUUGAAUCUACACUUUUUAAUGCUGUGCGAUCUUGCAAAGUUUAUUUCCCAGCAUCAGCAACUCAAGAAAUUCUGGAUGAAUUCAGACCAAACCUCUGUCCGUUCACCAGUUCAGUAAUAUGUGGAGCCAUCCAAUAUCUAGAACUGUUUUUACCUGUCGCUGUAUUGCCUCAUGAAGCUGACAUCAGCUACAAAUUAUGGUUUGAGGAAUUUAUGAGUCUGUGGGACGUUUGUCAUAACGCUGGUGCAUGGGAAAACAAUAUGAUGUGGCUUCUUGGUGGCUUAGGCCGUUUCCAAAUGGGCUACAUCGAUUGGAGCCCUUACGUCUCGAAUAUGUUUGCCAGAUUUCAACGAUCAUUACAAUUGCCUGUAAAUUUUAAACAAAAAAAAUUGAGUAAGCACUUCAGAAUCGACACAGCCGCUAUGGCUGUAUGGAUUGUUUGCAGUUUAAAUGGCGAUAAGAAUACAACGUUUUUCCAUUUGGAAAAACUAUUGCAAACUUUGGAAACUUAUUUCCAUCCUGCAAAUGUUGGAAGAUGGACAAUGAAACUUCGGGAGCUUCUUAUGAAGCUUUCCUAUUUUUUCGUACAACGAGUUCAUUGUGAACGCUACAAGAAUCCAUCGUGGGAGAAUAACGUGCCUGAACACUACAAGCUUUCCGAUGCAGAUAUUGAUAGAUUUGUUAAUAUUUUAAAGCCUUGCGUUGAAGCUGCUGUUUUUUCAAGAAUGGGCACUCAAGAAAUUUCAUUGGUGCUUUCUUAUUUAGCCUCUUUAAGGCCAAAUUUAAUUGUACCAGGAUUAUUGGAUAAAUUGUGUUAUUCUAUGUGCAGUUUGACGGAGCCUCACAAAUUGACAUCGACUAUGAUGGCUGUAAUUGCUGUUGGAAGACAUAUGGUCCAAGGAACUCAUAACAACUACCCAGAAGGACCGACUCACAUAAUUCCAUUGCUACUAGACUUACUGCCCGGAAUUGAUCCGAAUGAUAUGCGUAAAUCUUAUGUCACCUUCAACUUUAUACUACAUUUCGUCAAUAUGAUACCGGUAAUCGAUUCUUCAAAAGCUCACACUUACUACAAUGAUUUGACCGAAGAGGAACACAUGAUUUGUGAAGCUUCGGCAUGUUUUGAGGAUUUCGUUUUGCAAUUUUUCGACAGGCUUAUUGUGUGGGUAGAUUCUAGCUCCUUGGAUUUUAUCAGAUUGGAACAAACCACUAGUAAUAAUUCAAAGAAUAGGAGUGAAACUAUUGCUGAGACUGCUGUCGGGUCAGUGGUUAGUGUAGUUUUGACUCAAUGUUCACCUGCGAUUUUCCAUAGCGCCUUACGGAAAUUUUAUAAUUUUGUGACGCAGAAAAUUCUAGAAGUACAAGUGGCAGGCAGAACGGUAGCCGUUGUAACUCAUUGUUUUGCAAUAGUAAAUCCUGUUGAAACUUUAAAGCUAUUUGUACCUUAUCUUGUAAAUUCUUUAGAAGAAUCUUUAGAGGAGAAUCCUCAUAUUGUAGAAGAGGAGCAUGUAGAUGCCAGAUUUUUGUUUCAUUUAUUGAUUUUGUCUGAGGUAGUAGAUGGUAGAGAAGCUCUAUUACCAUAUAUAGACAAGCUAACUAAUAUUUUAGAUAAAACUUUGCAUAUGGCUUGUGUGGAAGCCAGCCAAUUGGCUACAAGAACUUUGGAAUUAAUACUAGCUUCAUUGACUAAUGUGAAACCUAUAGAAAAUAGAAGUUCCCAAAUGGAUUAUGGAAGUUCUGUUGAGGAAUUCUUAUCAGUAAGGGAAUGGGCUAAACCCCAAAAUAUGAAAGACCUUAAGAUUAAUUGGUAUGUGCCCAAAGAAAUUGAGAUAAACGCAGCCCAAAAUUUAAUCAAUAAAUACCUAAUUCCUGAAUUGGAUACUUUGAACAAAUAUGUAUCUGGGGAAAUUCAAUUAAAUAGGCAAAAGCUUAAAUGCAGCUUGAAGAUUGUUGUGUCGAUGUUGUCCUGUCAUUUGUUGUUGCCUGCGUGGGAUGAACCUUCUUAUAAAUUGGUAGACACAAUUCUUGAUUCUUGGGUCUUCAACCUGAUGGUCAUUGAAAAUGGAAAACUGACCAUGCCAGAUGGCAGCAACAUUCGCAAAGCCAUUGUCGAUACCAUUCACAAUGUCCAAAGAAAAUUACUAGAAACUGACGAAGGUGACACCAAAAGCAUUCAACUCAUAAUCUAUAUAUACAACAUAAUUCUCUUCAACAAAGGUAGAUAUCAAGACUUUGAGUUGCAUUGGAAAACUUUCCAUUUAGCUAAAAAAAUCCUGGAAGAUCGCUUACACCAAAAAAAGCAACAUUUGAGACAUGUGCACAUAGACCGAGUAUUGUUGCAGCAAGAGUUUAGAAUUGAGUGUAGAAAUUGCUCAUUCACAAAUACCCAUAAGCAAAUUAUGGAUGAUUUAUUUGAGUUAAGCGUGUCAAGAUACAGUGAGAUUCGAAGGGCUGCUCAAGUGAAACUUUACACAAUGGUACAAAAUUUCCCGAAUUCCUUCAAAGUUCUCAAGGACAAAAUAAAAACGAUUCUCCAAAUGAAUUCCAUAGAAAACCAUGAAACUUUCAAAGGUUGCCUUUAUAUCCUCUUAGGCCCUAAAAGAGCUCCAAUUGUAGCUCGUCACGAUUGGGACUUUAUAAAAGAAAUUUGGCCCCUUUUGGUGCGGUCGAUGCCAUCAGAAAAACCUUCUAUAGUUAAUCUAAUAACAGCACUAAUGGAUACUGUCAACAGUUUUUUUCCAACUAUAGCUAUAAAGUUGGUUAUUCCAGAAAAAUGUUUAACUGCUGCCUAUGCUUUAGCUGAUACGAAACCUUUUGUUAGUAAUAUCAGCGGUUUUCAAAAACAUAUUGAUAAUGGAGAGGAGUAUUUGAAAGAAAAAUCUUUGCAACAGAGACAGGCUUACGAGUAUACUGUCCAUUGUUUGCUGGAGAAUUUGGAACAAGGAAACUUACAUUGGCGUUAUACUGCAAUGGCAAUGAGCUUUAUCAAAAACCUAGUCCACUUUGACGUAAAAUAUAGCUCAAGAGUGGUCAGAUUUAUCCUACAUUCUACCAUAAACGAAUCAAUAAACAUCCGAAAAAGCGCCAUGACAAUCUUGGUGUUUAUAGGCAUCCAAAACAAACCGCAAUUUGAAAAAGUUGUAGUUGACCCAUGCAAAUUUUCUUCUUCCGCCAAUCAGAAACGGUUAAUUCCUGGUGAACGUGAAGAUAAUGCUUGGUUGAUGUAUAAUUCCAAGACCGUACCAAAUACAGUUCAACAAUGGGAAGAGACUAGAUAUCUGCAUGAUCAACAUACAGGGUAUUUUACUUGGCCAAAGGAACUGAAGCUUUACGCUCCAGCUUCUAAGCAAAAAUCAGUUGCAUCUCGUUUGGAAAAUAUGACAGAUAUAGAAAGGGAAAUUUAUAAUUUUUUCACAAAUGAAGAAAAAGUUGGUCAGUUAAUAAAAUAUUUGUCUUUGGAGGAGAAAAAGGGUGUGGAUCGGUUCAAUGCUUAUCGAUUUUUAGCUUUUAAGUACAUUUUCAAGAUGUUUGAAGACAAAUUCCUACCAAUAAUCUUACCUCACAUCCAAAAACUUGUUGAAGAUAAACAAGAAUCAAGCCAAAGAUGUGCAGCAGAAAUUGUAUCAAGUUUAAUCAGAGGAUCAAAACAUUGGCAAUUUGCUAAAGUACAACAAUUAUGGCAAACUUUAAUACCAAUUUUAAAUACCGCCAUUAUGAAUAUGGGAAAUGAAACUGUAAAUGAUUGGACUUUAAGUAUAACAAUGGGGCUGGAAUCCAGAGAUCCCAACACGAUCCACUGGUUAUUAGAGUUUCUUAUGGAAGAUCCUUUAAAAGAUCCUACGUCUUUUGUAGCAUGUAGUCGUAUACAAAUAUUGUAUGUGGCUAUUGCCCAGCAAAGUUGGAGAAAUGCUGAAAUUUUCAGUAAACUAGUGGAAUAUUUUAAACCUUACUUGGCGCAUCCGUUUCAAAAUAUAAGAGAAAAAAUCAGUCAAUUACUUGCGUUGGUUUACGCUAAAGAUUUAGUGUUUCCGCUAGGCAAUGUGACUCAAGGCCCAAGGUUAGAAGACUUUUUCGACUUUGUUAAUCCUAAAAUGAAACUUCUGUAUAAGCAGUUGUUGAGGAAAAAUGACAUUGCUGAGAAAAGUGAUAUAGUAAAAACCUGUGAUAAUUUAGGCUUAAUCAAUAUUGCAACUGAAGGAAACGAAAAAGAAGAAUUAUUGAAACUUUUCAAGAUUGUAUCUAAAUUUAUUACCAUUCUAAUGGCCAGAGUCAACUUUUCGGGCCGACCAGAAUUUUUCAAGUUACUCCCGUUAGCUGCCCUGUUACAAAACUACGAAAGCGACGAAGAAAUUGCCUGUCUAGCCACGAAUCUCUUGGUAACCAUGAGCGAAACCAUGACUGUGAAAAAAUACAUUCCGGACGCUCUCGACGGUAUCAGGGGUGCAGUUAAAUGUCCGUUGUGGUCGGCUAGAGCUAUUAUAGCUGAACUGUUGCCAGUGUUUUUGUUGCAUAAUAUGCCGACGUUGCAGACUAAUGUUCAGUGGAUUUUAGAGAUCCAAGAGCUAGUGUUGGAAUUAUUGGAAGAUCCACAGCCAGAAGUACGCAUAGAAGCAGCCAAAGUUGUUAGUGGUUUACUACAUUGCCAAUUUAUACCAGAACCAACUGAAUUAUUGAAAAUUUUCAAACAAAAAUCCCGCACAAAACUGAAGAAAGGUAUAUCCACAAGGGAUACACAGGAUGCUAGUAAAAAUCUCAUUAUAAGACACGCAGGGGUGUUGGGCCUUUGUUCGUUUAUUAACGCGCAUCCGUAUGACGUUCCCGAUUAUUUACCGACCGUUUUUGAAGCUUUAGGGCCACACUUGAGCGAUCCUCAACCGAUACCUGCGACCAUUCGUAAAACAAUGGGCGACUUUAAAAGAACUCAUCACGCCAAUUGGGAAGUGCACAAGCUGAAGUUUACAGAAGACGAAUUGACAGUGUUGAGUGAUCUUUCAGUACCUCCUAGUUAUUAUGUAUAGUUACUUUUUACCGAAUUUGCUCACCAAGCUCUUUAUUAUGGUUACUGCGGGAAAUAGUUGUUUAUUUUCUUUGAGGAUUUAGUUUAGUUAUUUUAUUAUUAACCAAAAGCAAUAAUCAUAUUUUCCACUAAGUACCUAAUAGACAAAAUUUACACAAAUUGCUAUGCUUUAAAAUUUAUGUACUUUUUAUUUUAAUGUUUUUUUUUGUAUUGUUUAUUUUCUAUGCCUCGAAUCUAAGUUUUAAAUUAUUUUAAAAACUAUGGAAAAAAUUUCACUUCAAAUUGAUGACUUUCUAGCCUAGCCAGUAAAUAGGCUCGUUCAGCAUAUUUUUUUUAUUACAUAUUCUAAAAGAGCGUAUUGAGUUUAGCAGUUGUGCAAAAUUUCAUAAUUUUCCGAGCCCUUGUUCAUAUUUAAAUAAAUUAUCAAAAAGCUCCAAGUUUGGAAAUUUCGAAACACGCGGUGACGUCACUGCAUCUCUCAAGUUGGUCGUGUGACGGCCUUUAGCCCGUUUUGACUCGAGAGAUGACGUCAUACCAUCUCUAAGCGAUGAAUUUCUGAGGCAUAAUGUUUUAUUAUUCAAAGCCGCAUAACUUUUUUAAUAUUUAUCCAAUUGCGCUGAAUUUUUUUUUGUGUGCUAUAUGUGAGUAAUACUCCAUAAAAAUAUCAAAAAACGUGGUUAAUGGAACCUCACUGAACGAGCCUAUUAUACUUGGUUUUUACACUCUUUUCAUGGAAUAUAUUUAAGUUGUCUGGACUGGUUAAGGAGAUUAUAACUACAAAUAAUUACAUAUAUUUUAAGAGCAAAAUAUUGUUUUUUGAUUGGAUACUGGUUUAUACUAAAAAAUUAUGUUGUUACUAGGUAUUCUUUAAUAAAAUAUUAAAUUAUUUUCAUAUAA